GUAAACAGUCACGGAUCCCGACGACCAUCAGCCUCCCCUUGUGUCCACCUGUUCGGGCCUGAUCCGUGCUUGUUUAUGCACCAAGAUAAAGGCGAGAUAACCGUGAAGACAUCCCUCCUUCGGAAUCAGGUGUUGGAAGCGACGUCCUUGUGUCAACGAAACGCGUCGAAAGAGGUCAAGAUCACGAACAUCUUGAAUUCCGUAAUAGCCUCCACCGCACUCAAAGGCCAACCGAGCUCGAGGGAAGAUAUUUUUGGACACCAAGCCACGCGACCGCCGUCCGCUUCCGCCGUCUUCUACGAACAAUAGAGUGACAAAAUGUUCAUCUGGGACUGGUUCACCGGGGUUCUGGGUUACCUAGGACUGUGGAAGAAAUCUGGAAAAUUGCUAUUCCUGGGACUGGAUAAUGCGGGUAAAACGACACUGCUACACAUGCUGAAGGAUGACCGACUGGCACAGCACGUCCCAACGCUCCAUCCAACAUCCGAGGAGCUUUCGAUAGGCAACAUGCGCUUCACCACAUUCGAUCUCGGCGGUCACACGCAAGCACGACGCGUUUGGAAGGACUACUUCCCGGCGGUGGAUGCGAUCGUGUUUCUGAUCGAUGCCUGGGACAGAUCGCGCUUCACCGAGAGUAAAAACGAACUCGACUCCCUACUAACGGACGAGGCGCUAUCGAACUGCCCGGUACUGAUCCUCGGCAACAAGAUCGACAAACCGGGUGCGGCGAGCGAGGACGAGCUGCGCAACUACUUCGCCCUGUACCAGCUGACGACCGGCAAGGGUAAGGUGGCUCGCUCCGAGCUACCGGGCCGUCCGCUCGAGCUGUUCAUGUGCUCGGUGCUGAAGCGACAAGGGUAUGGCGAAGGUUUCCGUUGGUUGGCCCAGUACAUCGACUAAUACGACGACCGUUUGCUCACCACCACCACCACACACGCGCCCACCAUCCUUCCUUUCUUCUUUCCGACACCCUUGGCCUCCUUCUGCUACUGCUAGCGAACGUUUUACUCUGCUCUUUCCACCUCACUCUUGGGGGGGAGGGAAGUUGCGGGUUGCGGGUUCUUAAAAAGGCAAAAAUACAAACCAACCUGUGGAAAUCCGGAUCACCUCUCUGGCCUCCUCUCACUCUCACUCUAUCUCGAGCUCCAUUAGUAAUGUCUGCUUUCUUGAUCCGGAAUUCAUCUUAAACUGCGCUAGGACCGUGUAAAACGUAAACUCGCGGUACUCGAUGCCCGGUGCUUUUGGCGAAGGGGGGAGGGGUUUGAAGUUUUCGGUUCAUGCCCCCCCUUACGCGCACGCUAGGAAGAAGCAAGCAAUCCUCACAUACAUACAUUCACAAUCAUAAGUAAAACAACAAAAAGACACACCCGGAGAUAAGUGAGGCGGUCGGUGUAGAAGCGGACACACCACCCCAAAGUGUAUGAAACACCGUCGUCAAUAGAAUGUCCUUCAGUGACGCUGCCAGGCGGGGGAGGGUCCACUGAGCAGUGUGAGUACAGUGAAAAAAGGAAUACUAUCGUAAACAAGUAAAGGACAUGAAGUUGAGUCGACUGGAACUGGAA